CAGGCUCUGAAUGGGCGGGGCUGACUUUGAGCACAGGACUCCUGAGUGUAGAGGAAGAGGGAGCUGGGGGAUCUUCGUACCUUUUGCAGGGUGACAUCCGCUAUUGCUGCCUCUCAACUCCCCCACCGUUCAUCAGAACUUCUCUGGGCAAAAGCCCUUUGCCAGAACCCUUCCAGCCUCCAGCUCACCAUGGUCUUUCAAGGCAACAUCCUGUUCCUGCUUCUGCUCCCAGUGGCUACAGCUCAGACAAUCCCAGGUGAGAAAUCAGAACUCCUUCCCCUUUACCGUGCUACUUCAGCUUCCUGUUCUGGAUGUGGGCCCCUCUCGCUGCCGCUCCUAGCAGGGCUUGUGGCCACGGAUGCAGUGGUAUCCCUGCUAAUCGUGGCUGUGGUGUUUGUGUGUGCGCGCCCACGCAGCAGGCCCACCCAAGAGGAUGGCAGAAUCUACAUCAAUAUGCUUGGCAGGGGCUAAUCCCCCUGUAACUGUGACCUUCGACUUCUGAUCCUCUCGUCCUGGAUUGUGUUGGUGGCACAGGAAACUCACUUCACCCUUUGGGUUGGAAUAAAGCAAUUGAACUACC